CGAUUUGGCGUCAAGCUUUGCUUGCAGCAUCAUCGUUUUGCGACGUCGCUUAGGCGCGCGAAUCGGUGCCGGUUGCAGCUGGAGCCAGCGCGAGCGGCCAGCCAGUUGCAUAGCUCGUGGGUGUGAGCCCAAAUCGCGAGGAGUUUGCUCGCAGACAGGCUGUAAUCAUGAGGCUCAUUGUCUGUGCUGCCGUCGCGGCCACGGCGAGCGCAUUCGUCGCGCCGGGCCCGUCCCAGGCGGCGCGGCAAGCGGUGAGAAUCUCGGCGUCCUGGGAAGGUUAAGCUUGCAGAUGUCGCGGCGACGGUGUUCGUCCGUGAGAGCGCUCUCCGCGGAGUUUGGCAGCUGUGGCGCUCGCGACGGCUCGUCCGCCGUCGACGCGACGCGUCGCGGCCCGAACCGAGGGCGUCGCCCGGCCGCCUACGCGCCCGUAGAGUUUGGGAGGCGAGGCGCCGUCGACGCGUCACGCAACACACACACAGGUCAAGACCUUCGGCGUCUUCAACGAGGGCAAGGGCUCGGGCAAGAAGAAGGGCCUCGCGCUGCCCUCCGUGCCCGCGCCGCCGAACCCCUUCGCGGCGCCCGCGCCGGCGCCCGCGCCCGCGCCGGCGCCGGCGCCGGCCAAGGGCAAGGGCGCGAAGCCCAAGGGCGGCGCGCGCGCGCCGCCGCCGCCGCCGCCGCCGCCCGCGCGGCGGUCGCUCGGCCCCGAGCUCGACUCGACCACCAAAGUCGAGGCCGAGCUCCUUGGCGCGGCGCCGUUCGCGGCGCUGCCCGUCCUCGGCUUGGUGGGCGCGCGCGGCAUCCUGGAGCAGAACAAGAAGAAGCGCGAGCAGGAGCAGCAGGAGGCCAUCCAGGCGCGCGGGUCGCAGGAGCUCACGGAGUUCCAGAAGGUCGUGGUCUUCGGCGCGCCGGCCGUCGCCGCGACGGCGCUGGCCGGGUUGUUUGCGGUGGGGCCCAUCACGGAAGCAUUGAAACCCGCGCCGCCGGCCAAGGGCGGCAAGAAGGCCGAGGCCAAGGGCCCGUCCCUGCCGAAGCUCGAGCUGCCCAAGCUCGGCGGCAUCGAGCUGCCCAAGUCGGCGACGAAGGCCGACGCCGGCGAGGCCCGGGCCGCGGCCCAGGCCAAGGCCCAGGCCAAGAAAGAGAAAGCUGCCGCGGCCAAGGAAGCCGCCGCGAAGGCGAAGCAGGACGCGGCCGACGGCAAGGCCGCGAAGAUCGCGGAGCGCAAGGCGUCCAAGGCCGACGCGUCCGCGUCGAAGGCGGAGGCCACGGCCGCCGCCGCCGACGCGGCGGGCAGCGCCGACGCGCCCAAGGCCGACGACGCCGCUGUCAAGGCCGACGAGGCCGCCGCGACGGCCGACAAGGCCGCCGCCGUCGCCGAGGAGAAGGUCGCCGCCGACGCCGCCGCGAAGGCUAAAGAAGCUGACGCCAAGGCCGCCGCCGCCGAGCAGAAGGCGAAGGCUGCGGAAGCGAAGGAGGCCGCCAAGGUCGCCGCCGCCGAGAAGGCCGCCGCGGCCAAGGAGAAGGCUGCCAACGCCGCCUUCGAGAAGGCCGAAGCUGCGAAGAGCGCGAAGGCCGCCGCGGACGCGAAAAAAACCGAAGCCGCGAAGGCGGCGGAAGCCAAGAAGGUCGAGGCCGCCGCGAAGGCCGCCGAGGCGAAGUCGGCUGCCGACGCCAAGAAGCAAGCGGCCGCCGACGCCGCCGCCCAGAAGAAGAAAGACGCCGCCGCCGCUGCGUCAGCCACUGUGCGGAAAUCAAAUUUCAGGAGCCCCACGCGGCAUUGCCAUGUGACAGCGACGGUCUCAGCGAUAAUUCUCGGGAUACCCUGACUCAAUGGUUAAUUUCCACGCAGGUCUGCCAAGAAGGCCGAGGCAGCCAAAGCCUCCGCCGCCUCGAAGGACGCCGCCGCGCAGAAGGCGGCCGCCGCGAAGGACGCCGCGAAGGCCGCCGCCGAGAAGAAGGCCCAGGCGUCCAAGGAAGCCGCCGCGGCGAAGCGCGAGGCCGCCGCGCUCAAGGCUAGCGCUGGCCAGGACGCCCAGAAGCAGAAGGCGGCGGCCGCCGCGGAGAAGGCAGCCGCCGCGAAGCAAGCUCAGGCCGACAAAGCCGCCGCGGCCAAGCAAGCCGCCGACGCGAAGGCCGCCAAGGCUAAGGAAGCUGCUGCUGCGUCGAAGCAAGCUGCUGCCGAUAAAGCCGCCGCCGCGAAGCAAGCCGCCGCCGAUAAAGCCACGGCCGCGAAGAAGGCCUCUGCCGACAAGGCCGCCGCCGCGGCCAAGGCCAAGGCCGACCAGGCCGCGGCCGCGAAGCAGGCAAGCGCUCAGAAGGCUAAGGCGGCGGCCGAUAAAGCUGCUGCCGCCAAGCAAGCCGCGGCCGAUAAAGCUGCUGCCUCGAAGAAAGCUGCGGCCGACAAAAAGGCGGCCGCCGACGCCGCGAAGGCGGCCAAGGCCAAGGCCGCUCCGGCGCCGAAGGCGAAGGCACCGGCGCCCGCGCCCGCGCCCGCUCCGGCGCCCGCUCCGGCUCCGGAGCCCGAGCCGGCCCCGGCGCCCGAGGAGCCGGCGGCGCCCGCGCCGCCG